AUGGGAUUCACGGUUGAGAUCCAGGUGCAGAAGGUGCGCAGCAAGACCGCCGGCACGCGGGGCAUCGCGGUUCUGGAGUACGACGCUGCAUCCGGCCAGUACCACGAAGUCGGCCAGGGCCCCGCGGGCGGCGGCGAGGGCGCGAGCUCGGCCGGCGGCGCGUGGCGCGCGCGGGAAGGGCCGGCCGGCGGCGUAGAGGGGUGGGACGAGGAGGACGAGGGGGAGGACGGUUUGGAUGGGGGUGAGGAGGAGGGGGGCACGGCCCGGGCGGAUGACGACGGGCUUCUGGGGGAGCAGUGGGAUGGGGAGGUGCUGGAGUUUGUGGGGCGGCGCGCCGCGGCGCUGCGGCGCGACGCGGCGCUCGCGGCGGCCGACGAGGUGCACGACCUGACACGAGCGAGGGACGGCGCGGCGGCGGCGGGCGGGGAGGAGCGCGAGGCCGACUGGACGACGGAGGACGGGUGA